AGUGUCUGCAUGCAAGUGCACUGAGUGCAGAGUUCUUGUGUUAACUAGAGCUCGGGCUCAGCUGGCCGCGAGCGGCACAUUGUACAUAGUAGCGAUUUUUUUACGGCUCGCUCCGUAAAAGUGUAUAUCAUUGUACAUAGGAAAUAUUAUUAAGAUAGAUACUAAUUAUUUUGAAUGAAAUAAUAAAAUAUAUAUAAAAAAAAAUUCCACACGAUUUGCAUAAGGAAUGCCUUUUAAAUGCACAUUUAAAAACCAUUUCAACUGUGGAAGGAGCUGGAAUUUUUUCGUGUGUUAAGACACGUCAUAGUAAAUAAAAGUUAUUCUUCAACACCUCGCUGCUGUCAGACACACACAGACCCGGCAUCAUGGUGAUUAUGACAAAUAGCAGCACGGGCUCUCAGUCCAGUCCUGCCCAGGCCAGACCUCUGCAGGUCGGCUUCUAUGAGAUCAUCAGAACGCUCGGCAAAGGAAACUUUGCUGUGGUGAAACUGGCCAGACACAAAGUAACAAAAACACAGGUUGCAAUUAAAAUAAUUGAUAAGACAAGACUGAACUCGGCCAACCUGGAGAAGAUCUACAGAGAGGUCCAGAUUAUGAAGCUGCUCAAUCACCCUCACAUCAUAAAGCUCUAUCAGGUCAUGGAGACCAAAGACAUGCUGUACAUUGUGACAGAGUAUGCAAAAAAUGGAGAGAUGUUUGACUAUCUGACAUCUAACGGACGGAUGAGUGAAAGCGAGGCUCGUAAGAAGUUUUGGCAGAUACUGACAGCAGUGGACUACUGCCACAGGCAUCAUAUUGUCCACAGAGACCUCAAAACUGAAAACCUGCUGCUCGAUGCCAACAUGAACAUCAAACUGGCAGAUUUUGGAUUUGGAAACUUUUAUAAUGCUGGGGAGCCUCUCUCCACGUGGUGUGGGAGCCCACCGUACGCUGCUCCAGAGGUGUUUGAGGGGAAGGAAUAUGAGGGGCCACAAUUAGACAUUUGGAGUCUUGGUGUGGUUCUUUACGUGCUGGUCUGUGGGUCUCUGCCCUUCGAUGGGGACAGUCUUCCUGCCCUGCGACAGAGAGUGACGGAGGGCCGAUUCAGAAUACCAUUUUUCAUGUCACAAGACUGUGAAAAUAUAAUUCGCAAGAUGCUGGUAGUAGACCCAGCCAAGCGAAUCAGCAUUGCCCAGAUCAAGCAGCACCGCUGGAUGUUAGCCGACCCCAGCGCGCCCCAGCAGACACUCUCCCUGUCCCUUACCGCCUACAACUCCAACCUGGGAGACUACAGCGAGCCUGUUUUGGGAAUCAUGCAGACCCUCGGCAUUGACAGGCAGAGGACUGUGGAGUCUCUCCAAAACAGCAGCUACAACCACUUCUCAGCGAUCUAUUACCUGCUGCUGGAGAGAGUAAAGGAGCACCGCAGCCAGCAGCUGAGCCGCCAGUGUGGGGCCUGGAAUCAGAGAUCCAGGACAGCAUCCGAUUCCUCUACCCGAGAGGAGAUCAUGGAGUCAUCUGACAACUUGAGAAGCUCUGGCUUCCCUGUCGCCACGAAAGUGAACACUGCUAUCCAUUCAGAGAUGGAAUAUGAACAAGGAGCCCUGUUUCAGCGCGUGGUGUGUCCGGUGGAAGCCAGUUUGAGCAGGCUCCUGUGGAACCGGUCCAUCUCCCCCAACAGCCUGCUGGAGACCACCAUCAGUGAGGAGGUGCGACCUCAUGAUCUUGAGGAGGAAGAGGGGAUGCUGCAGGUCCAACCCCCCCAUCUGCCCAGCACCACAUCCCGCAGACAUACGCUCGCAGAGGUCUCUGCCCAAUUCCACAAGUGCAAUCCACCCUGUAUAGUGGUUAGCCCAUCAGACGGUGCUUCCUCUGACAGCUGUCUAAAGUCCUCCUCCAACCCAAACCCAGCUCUCUCCACUGCUGUUGGAGACCUUUCAUCACUGUUCUUCUCUGGGACUGGUCCCGGGGACUUGGCUUCUGCCGGGACGCCCCUCGAACUCUCCUCCAAUCUCCUUUUGCAGAACCAAGGCAGCAUGCUGGCAGCCAGCUUCCAAGAGGGCCGCAGGGCUUCAGACACCUCCCUGACACAGGGACUGAAGGCAUUCAGACAGCAGUUGAGAAAGAACACGCGUGCAAAAGGUUUGCUGGGGUUGAACAAGAUCAAAGGUCUGGCACGACAGGUGUGCCCUCCGACCUCAUGCUCCAGGGGCAGCCGGGGGUCAUUCGGUCCAACCAUGUGCCCGUCCUCAAGCCUCCAAAGCUCCAGUGGCCCCCGUGAACGCCGAAACAUGUUGGAGGAAGUUCUACACCAGCAGAGGAUGCUACAGAUUCAGCACCAACCUCAUUCCCAAGUCCAGUCUACACCCCAACAGCCCGUACACCUAACAUUCCUCUCCCAGUCCCACACCUCAUCUCCACCUUCCAAAAAUCUCUUCGCCCCCGCUGCCCUCUUCUCCAACCCCCCGACCCAGCCGAUCCUCCCUCCAUGCCAGCAGUCCUCCUUCCCCCUCCAUCACAACCUAUGGCAGCAGCCGUCUCUCGAUUCCUCCAGUUCCUCCCAUUCGCCCGUCGUAUCCGCCGCCCAUCUCCUAGAGGCUCGUCUGCACAUCAGCCAGCAUCCACACCUCCACCCUCAGCAGCACCUGCAAAUCCAGCCCACCAUCCAGCCCCAGGGACCUUUUGCCCUCCUGCCCCACCAGGGCAGUUGGAGCCUGAGCACCAGCACUGAGGAGCCAGAUGUCCAGGAGCUGGCCUGUGCCAGUCAGAAGCAGCAGCUCAGCAGCUGUGUCAUGGUCAAGUAAAGAAAGCAAAGACAAUGGGAAGACCCAUAAAAGAUUGAUCAAUUUUAGAGUGAUGCUGACUGCCCCCACCACUCUUGAAAAAAUGGUCCAGAAUGAGCCAAUGGACAUUUGUGAUGAGCAGAGAACCCUUAAUGGGCAUCAGAACCAGAAAGCAUCUCAUUUUGAUGAUGCACUCAAUAGUUUUCUGAUGCAAAGAAGAGAUGUCGAUUUUUACUCUGGAACAACAUGCAAUUCCACAUUUUUCUUGAUAUGUGUUGGUAUGACCAGAGAGAACCAGAAGAAGCAAUAACUGAACUCUUCAUAAGAGCCCAUGACCCUUGCCAGGUGCUCCUGUCCAUGCAGCAAUAAAGACAGGUCACUGAACAAGGAACUGAAGAGAGCUUGCAUCAAUUUGUGAGUGGCUUCGCUGACUUCUGUUUGUACAAUGUGCAAAACUGGCCUCUAUAACUGAUUAUGAUAUAGACAUUGAAGCUUGUUUUUCCUUUAUACAAGUAUGAAGAUAGGAUAUUUAUGUCUUCCAUACAGUUUUUUUUCCAAGAAUUUCCUUUCAGGGCUUGAGCUUUUUCUUUUCUUUGUCUAUUUGUUUGUCUCCAGAAAAGACCAAAGUUGAUUACUUUGUUUUUUGUUCUUUUGUUUUUUUGCCUCUGAUUUAUUUCCUAGAAGUUCUUGAAACAAAAUGUAGUAUCUGACUUAUCCUGAACUUCCAAAACCAAGAAAACAAAUACUGUCAUUUCAUCAUAUGAAAUUUGGCCAAUGCUUUGUUUACAAUGAUGAGGUCAUCAGAGAUGCCUUACGAUGAGGGGAAAAUACAGACAAAUAUGAGUAAGCUAAAUAUAAGCACAAGAGGUACUGCAUAGAGGUUCACCUAAACCAGGUGUGUGAAUGUGUGUCUUUGUACUUGUAUGCUUUCACAGUCUGUGGCAAUGACUUUUAGUGCUGCUUAAUGUUUCGCCUGGUCAAAGGAGACACUAGACAAUUAGAAUCAUACAGCAUAAAUGUGCACCUAUCAAUGAUUUUUGGCAGUUAAUGAAAUAGGAGACAUUUUCUGGCCUAGUAGUUUAGAAAACUCCUUUUCCAUUGGCUCACUACCUCCUUGAUCAUUGAUCAUUCACCUCAAAAUUUUAUCACAACAUACACUGUAUGAAAACAAUGUCUCGAGCCCUUUGACCUUCAUUAAUGGUUGCUUUUUUAAAUCUUAUUUUUAAUACAGUGAACAAAGAAUACGAGAAUAGUGCAAUAUUUCAAAUUGAAAUGUAGAACCAGGAAAGGUAGCUGUUAUAGGAAAGCAAAAGGUACUUCAUCCCUGAUAAUUGUAUUAUAUUCUUUCUUUUUUUAGUGCUUUUUUAUGUAAUGAUUUUAUAUAUGAUAUUAUUUGAAUUAUGUAUUCUGCAUGAGCAUUGUCCCCUAGUCACUGGGAAUUGUGUCAGGAAGGGCAUCCGGUGUGAAACCUUUGCCAAGUCAAAUAUGUGGAUCAUGGAUGGUCCGCUGUGGUGGGAGCAGCUGAAAGAAGAAGACUCUGCAUGAGCAUAGGAAAUAUGAGCCUGGACAUUAUGUAAAGCUCAUUCUCAGUCUAUGAGACACAGGUUGCCUUUGCGUCCUGGCUGGCUUUGUAAAAUGGCAGAACUAGAAAAAUGACAGAUCUAGGAAAGCCAAAGAGAGACAGAGCACAUUGAAGAUCAAGAGAAACAUACUGCUUUUUCUACAGAGAAUCUCUCAGUUUCAAUGAAGUGUAGCACUUUUAAAAGCAGUCUUACUGUAAGAUACAGUAGCUGCCUCCUCUAGCUGACAAAUAUUCAUAAGCAAUCGUUUGUAGAGAGCAAAGUUCCUCCCUUUCUCUAGGACCUGCAAUUCCAUACUAUUGUAGUUUUUCCUUGAUUAAAAUGCACACAAAGACACAUACACACAUAGCUGAAUAUACAUCUUGUAGCAAUAGAGUUUUAUAUUUGUAGUUUAUCUUUAAGUUUGCUUAAGAGAUAUUUAGGUGCUAGAAGUAGAUUUGAGAAGUGUAUCUAGGUUUGUGUGCUGUUUAUAUGAAAUAGUAGUGCUACCAUUAUUGAAACUCGAGCGUUUGCUUGAAGCACUGUUUUUAUAGCCCUAAAAGUUCCUGUUGCAUGUCUGUCUCUUGUGAAUUAAGCGUAUUUGUGCAAUGGUUUCUAGUAGUUUAGAAAAAAAGCUGUACUGUGUUGUCUCCAAAUUGGGUCAUUUGAAACCAGUGCAAUGAAAGAUGAAUUGAAGGUAAAUUUAUUGAAGCUAAUGUAAGAAACAGUGUUAACACCCUUCCCUUUCCUUCUGUUUUUCACUCACCACUAACACUUGUGCCUUUCUCUGAACAAAUCCAAUGGUGGUGAAAGUUUUUAUGAGUUUUCGGUUUGAUUUUAGGACAUCAGAAAGUUACAGAGGUGUGAAUCAUAUGCUUUUGUUAGUUUAAACACCCCAUUUUAUACUUUUAUCUGCUGUUUGACAAUAAUGCACUUUAUGAUGAUAAUUGCUUGUUUGAAAAGUGUUUGUUCCCUCUGCUGGUAUAGAUAAGUCUUUAGUUAUAUUGAGGUUAUUUUUGAAACACUAUGCUUUGAUGCAGACCUCUAAAGAUUCUUUCCCAUUUCUCUUUUUUUAAAAUUUUGGUUAUAUUUCCUUGAUUUGCUUGCUUACUGUAUGUGUGCUCACAAAGUGAAAGUGAUUGUACAUGGUUGUGUGAAAGUACCUGAGAGAUAAAGUUUUAUUUAUGAGGUUAUUUAUUUGAAUAAAAAUUCACCUCUUGAAAUUAAUUAAUUAAAUUAAUGUGUUUUUCUUUCUUGAAAAACUUUUUCCACUUGCUUACAUUGAAUCUAACCUUGUUUUUAAUUGUUUUCAUCUAAAAUAUAAAUUAG